GUAAGCUCGAGUGGACGCCAAUUAUGGACAAAUUCGAGGCCGUAUUUAACUAUGUAACCAAUGAAGCCAACAAGCUUUUCAUCUACACGGACCUCAAUGCGCCUAUGUUCAAGGUGAUUACGGUCGAUCUCAACGACUUGAGUAGGGAAAACUGGAAGGAUCUCAUACCGCACGAUGAGUCCUCUCUGCUGGAGCAGGUCUUUUGUGUAAACAAAAAGGACUUGGUGCUUUGCCGAAUGAAGGACGUCACCGUAAGUGUUGUCCCUUUUUUCCUCUUGCUGCUGCUGCUGCAAGUUGUUCUUCCAAAUGCGGUGCCCAUCUACCCACCACCCACCUACGGGUUA